UUAUAUGUAUUAUUUAGAUAAACUGAAUAGAAAACUGAUCAAUCAUCGGAUUUUCUUCGGCCUCUGCUGGACAGAAAUACAGGCAGCGUUGACCAACUCAACGCACUUCCUGCAUUUACCAUCAAAAUAAAACAUACCACUUAAAACUAUUGCAUGUCUUUAAUUUAUGUUUACAGCAUAGUCUAAAUAAUGUCAAAAGCAAAAUGUCUCCACAUAUACAAAAUACUUAACUACUAAAACUCAACAAAUCAAUUUUAAUGAUCUGCGUUCAACAAUUUGCGUGGAGGCGGGAUUAGUGGUAUUCUAGAAACCAUUUUGCGUAGCGCAUCUGUAUGGCCAAAAAGCACUACGCUCAGAUGUGUUGUUCCUGCGAAAUGACUGAUAGAUCCGGCGGUUUAUUCUCACUCGGCUCAGGGUUUCUAUUUAGCGAUCUUCUAUUAAAAAAAAAAGCAAAUCAGAGAAAAUCACCUGCCUCUUUGCAAGAAACCAUGGCACAGGUAGAUGAGGCUCAGACUGAAGGGGAGGGCAGCCCCCAGAUGGCCUCCUUAAGAUCAGACGUAUCUGGGAACCAUGCAGGCGAUGGGGAACCAGAACCCUCAAUGAGAAGGAAGAGGAGGAAGAAGAAAGAACCACGUCCGGAGUCCAUCAUCGUGUUUCGUUCUGAGAUGGAGAGAGCGCCUGGGGAGGACCAGAGUGGUGAGGAGGGAGGAGAGAGGAGCACUGAGGAGGGAGCAAAGUUCCUCUGCACACCCACAGGAGAAGGAGGAGGCUGGAGCAUUCCUCCAGACAGCCGUUACGUGACCCUGACUGGCACCAUCACGCGAGGGAAGAAGAAGGGUCAGGUCGUGGACAUACACGUCACUUUGACAGAAAGGGAACUCAGGGAAUUGGCCAAGUCGAAGGAGCGUCUGGAUGCGGAGUGCGAGGCGGGAGAAGGCUCCAAACGCUCCUGCAGCUUAGGAGCGUGUCAGGGACCCCACGUCAUCUUGUGGAGCAUCUCCUGUGCUCCUGUUGUUUUCAUCCUGUCCUUCAUCACCUCCUUCUACUACGGCACGCUCACCUGGUACAACGUCUUCCUGGUGUACAACGAGGAGCGGACGUUCUGGCACAAGAUCACCAUCUGCCCCUUCCUCAUCAUCUUUUACCCCUUGCUCAUCAUGCCCCUGGCGCUGUCGCUGGCCCUGUACUCUGCUGUGGUGCAGGUGUCCUGGGCCUUUGGUGAGUGGUGGCAGGCGGUGCGAGAUCUGGAGAAAGGAUUCUGCGGCUGGGCCUGCGGGAAGCUGGGACUGGAAGACUGCUCGCCCUACAGCAUCGUGGAGCUGCUCGACUCGGACACUGUUUCUGGAACUCUGCAGAGCAAGGCGCCCAGCGAACUGGCCCAGACGUCGUCGGUUUGAUGCAGCAGAGGGUGAAAUCAUGGCACAUAUUCUGAUCAUUAAAACGAGCUUCGAGACAUG